CUUUACGAAACCAAACAGUGAAUUGAUUCAUUGUGGGGAAAAGUCCUGGAUGCAUGACAUUAUAACAAAUUAUUUGUGUUCGGUAUGAUUCAUUUACUUAUUUAGAAUGAUUCAUAUUUCACAUAGCAGGCAAAUGCAACUCAUCCUCUGAAUAUGUAUGUAAUGCAUACACCUUUUAUUUGUAGGGUCUCCUUCAUCGUCAGAGCAUGGAUUUAGAAACCAAGCUUAGGUCAUUUCAAAAUAACACACGCAAAUGUGACAAAAUGGCAAGCCACAUCAAGCUCCAGGCUCAGCAGACGGAGAAGACGAUCAAAGAGGAAUUUGAGAAGCUUUACCAGUUCCUGCGAGCAGAGGAGACUGCUAGGAUUGAUGCAGUGAGGAAAGAGGCAGCGCUCAAAAGUGAAGCAAUGGACACAAGGCUUGUUGAAUUGACAACAGAGAUCUCCUCGUUAACAGACAACCUACAAACUCUAAAGAUGGAGAUCAAGGUCGAUGACAUGACAUUUAUGCUGAUCCAUCUUCAACCUACCAGACCCUGAGACUCCAUUAGGAGCCCUUCUUGACGAGUCCAAACACACUGGGAACCUGUUAUUCACAGUCUGGAAGAAGAUGAAGGACAUCAUCCAAUACACUCCGAUUACUCUGGACCCCAACACUGGCUCCAGCAUACUUAUUAUAUCCGAUCACAUGACUCGUUCAACAACAAUGGUGUCAGACCCUUCCUGAAAACCCAGAAAGGCUGAGCGCCUCAGACGUCCUUGGCUCUGAUGGGUUUAGCUGUGGAAAACACAGCUGGGAUGUGGAGGUAGAAGGUUAUUGGGUUAUUGCUGUGACUUGUAAGGAUAACACCUGUGGAAAGAAAUGGGGCAUUUACAUGUGCAGUUGCACUGACAAGGUGUGGGAACUUACUCCAGAGGAUUUUAUGAAAAUUGUAUCUGAAGAUUCAUUUCCCAAAAUAAUCAGAGUGCAGCUUGAUUAUGACCAUGGAAUAUUAGCAUUUCUUGACCUUGACAGGAAAAAACCUUUAAAUACACUUUCACGGAAACGGUCUUUCCGUAUUUUCAGUGAAACGUAAAAAUGCUUCCUGCUGAAUGGUCAGUUGUGCAAAGACAAACCACUUAAACAUUCUACAUUAUUGCAGAGGUCAAACAACAGAAAGAGACCUUAU